ACCCUAGCUACAGGACCAAGAGUCCCAGAAGAAGAAGAAGAACAGGUCUUCCGUCAUCAUAUUUGGCCAUGAAGUUAUUCCUGCUGACCCUCAGGCUGUUGUGCCUUGCUUGUCUCUGGCCCGUCACCCUGCUCAACAACCCCUACCCUAACCGGAAGAAAAACAAGGAUGUUUACUUGGUUGAGCACGCCAAACACAGAUUCAGAGGACGGAUUGACUACAAAUUAAAGCGAAAGGACAGCACCAAGUCCCUCCUCAUCAAAACUGAACAGCUGCUAAGGAUCGAAGACCAAGACUUUGCCAUGAGACCUGGAUUUGGAGGAUCUGCCAUCCCUGUGGGCAUUGAUGUGCAGGUGGAGAGUAUAGACAGCAUCUCUGAAGUAAACAUGGACUUCACGAUGACCCUGUACCUGAGGCAUUAUUGGAAGGAUGAACGCUUGGCUUUUCCCUCCAGUAACAAUCUGAGCCGCACAUUCGAUGGUCGGCUGGUGAAGAAGAUCUGGAAGCCUGAUGUCUUUUUCGUCCAUUCCAAGCGCUCCUUCAUCCAUGAUACCACCAUGGAGAACAUAAUGCUGAGGGUUUACCCAGACGGCAACAUCCUUUACAGCGUCAGGAUCACAGUUACUUCUCUGUGCUCAAUGGACUUCAGUAGAUUCCCGUUGGACACUCAGAAUUGUUCCCUGGAACUGGAGAGCUAUGCAUAUAAUGAGAACGACCUCAUGUUGUACUGGAAAAAUGGCAAUGACUCUCUAAGGACAGAUGAAAUUGCCCUCUCUCAGUUCUUCAUUGAAGAGUUCCACCCUUCACACGGUCUGGCCUUGUACAGCAGCACAGGCUGGUACAACAGGCUCUACAUCAACUUCAUCCUCAGAAGACACAUAUUCUUCUUCAUGCUGCAAACGUAUUUUCCCACAAUGCUGAUGGUGGUGCUGUCCUGGGUGUCUUUUUGGAUCGACAGGCGGGCGGUACCGGCCCGUGUUUCACUUGGAAUCACUACAGUGUUGACUAUGUCCACCAUAAUUACGGGAGUGUCAGCGUCCAUGCCUCAGGUAUCAUAUGUGAAAGCGGUGGACAUCUAUUUGUGGACCAGCUUCCUGUUUGUGUUUCUGUCCGUCAUCGAGUACGCAGCUGUCAACUACUUCACCACAAAGGAGGAAAUGAAGAAACUCAAACAAUUAAAGCUCUCAGACUACGAUGCAUCUCAAGCCAUGGCAUUCGACGGAUGUUUCCAUGACCAGGACAUAGAGCUCAGCUCAUUUCCUCGGCUGUCUGACCUAAACAUGGACACGUGCGUGUCCUCACGGAACUCCACAACACCUGACCUCCCUCAAAUCCUGGGCACGCGCCUCCGUCGACGGCGUUCCAUCCGCCAAAGCGUCCACCAUAUCAUGAACAACAGUUACAAGAUAGACUCCUAUUCGAGAAUAUUAUUUCCUUUAGCAUACUUUCUCUUCAAUAUCAUCUACUGGAGCAUAUACUCCUGAGCGAGAGAAAACUGGCCUGCUCAGAGUUUACAAGACUGUCAUACACUUGAUGUGUGAUCAUAUGCCACAAUGAUAGAAUUCACAUACUCAAAAACUGUAUCAUAGGGCGAAAAAAAUAUAAUAAAUUAUUUAUUAUGUUAGAAUGUCAGAUUCCUAACUCUUCCUAAAAUGUGCAAAAGCGAAAUUAACAUAAAUUCAUAACACUACAUACAGUAAUUGUUACAAAACAAUUAUCAAAACAUAAUACAUGUAAAUCACAGUAGCCUACUAUACUUUGGCUAAACAGAACCCCUUCUGCUACUCAAAGACAAUUUCAGACAACAGAAAAUUUGAUUACAUCUAACAUUUUCAGAUACAUCCAUUUUUAUAAUUCCUUCUUAUGUGAGGAUUACAACACUGAGAAUGACUAUAAAAUGUGGAGAGAAAAAAAUAAACAGGUAUAUGAACAACUGGACCCACAUUGAAAUUUUCAGUCUUUCUUCAACGCAUCUAACAGAUUGAUAUGGAUUUUAAGACUGAAUUUCAGGAAAAAAACUAGCAUUUUUUUAAGUACCAUUUAUUAUGCACUGGCAUAAUCUGAGCUCAAAUGAUU